CUUCAAGUUCAGCAUUCAAGCUUCCCCAAUCAUAGCACUUACCCAAAUUGCUCUGCACAAUGAAGGUCACCGUCUUUACUAUCUCUAUCUUAUCGCUCGCUUCCUUCACCUCAGCAGCUGUUCUGGGAUUUCCAUCCACCCGUUACGCUCAGAACUGUGGUUAUUUGGCCGUACGGUGCGCGAAUCACGAGAACUAUGACAAAUUCCAUCAAUGUAUUCAAAACGCAAUGCAGGGCGAGGGGUGCGGUUAUAGUGGUUAAACAUCGAGGUAAUUGAGACGGGAACGAUCGGCUCUGGAGGAUAGAAGGAUGCUAGACGUCAUGUAUCUAUCCUGGAACACUAGCUACGGAAGAAGAUCAAGGGCGAGAGGACGGAGGUAUUGAAUAACAAGAUCGAUUCCAUUCCAUCAUUGGAUAAUGGGCAUAGUACUUGAUAGAAGAAGGGCUUUCAAUAA